GAGGGUGUCCGCACAAAAUAUCCCCCAUAUAAAAUCUGGUGGAGAAGAAAAUCAUUAAAUUUCACGGCCCAACUCGGACGAGUUCAAAUCGAUAACUCAAAAAAAAACCGAGCCCGCCACUCCUCACUUUUCACUUUUCUCACGCGCGAUAAAAGAGGCCGUUGUUCACUGCUAUUAGGACUCCCUAUCUCUCUAUCUUUCUCUCUAAUCUCUAGAAUCUCAGAAGACAAUUUCAAUGGCGGUUAUCAAAAAACCCUAACCAGAAUUUCUUCUAAAGGACCUCUGCGAGCCAUAGAUCACUAAAAAUCAGAAAAAAAAAAAAAAGAGAGGCGACCUCAGGCUCUGUAAAUAAAAGGAAUUUUUUGGAAACCCUAGGGGGUUGUUUGGAAACUAGGUUUAUCAAAUCCAGGGGUCGAUUCGAUCUGUUAUCGGGUCGGUCGGUCAAUGGAGGUUAUCGUAAAACGGCCUAGAGGUAGGCCGAGGAAACGUAGGCGACCAGAAGAAGAAAAUGAAAGUUCUGUUGCUGAUACGAAAUUUAAUAAUUCCAAAACUAAAAAACGGGUGUUGGAGACAAGAUCCAUGGCCUUUGUAGGUCGAUACGUGUUGAAAGAAUUUGGGGGAAGUGUAUUUUUAGGUAAGAUUGUUUCCUAUGACACUGGAUUGUAUAGAGUAGACUAUGAGGAUGGUGAUUUUGAGGAUCUGGAGAGUGGGGAACUUCGAGAGUUGGUUUUGGAAGAUUCAUAUUUCGAUGAUGAUUUGAGUAGGAGAAAAGUUAGGUUAGAUGAAUUAGUGUUAAACAGGAUUGUAAAGGAGAGUAAAUUGAAGGAGGAAAAGAAGAAAGCGGAAGUUUUAAAAAAUGAGGCUGAGGGCGUGGAAAGUUUGGCUGUUAGUGAGAUGAUGGUCGAGAAUGAUGGAGAGCAAGAGGAUGAUGCAGAUUCUUCAAGUGAUUCCUGUGAGCAUGCACACGAUAGGGGAUUGUCUUUGGAGUCUGAGAUUCCUCUUAUUCCACCACCUCUGUUGCCUCCUGGUUCAGGAACAAUUGGUGUGCCGGAGGAGUGCGUUUCAAAUCUAUUUUCUGUGUAUGGUUUUCUUAGGUCCUUCAGCAUAAUAUUGUUUUUGAGCCCGUUUGGAUUGGAUGAUUUUGUGGGGUCAUUAAAUUGCUGUGAACCAAACCCUUUGCUUGAUGCUGUUCAUGUUGCUUUGAUGCGAGCAUUGAGUUGUCAUCUUGAAACAAUCUCUUCAGAAGGCUCAGAGCUUGCAUCAAAAUGCUUGAGGUGUCUUGAUUGGAGCUUGCUCGAUACACUGACUUGGCCUGCUUAUCUGGUCCAAUAUUUUGUGAUAAUGGGAUAUGCAAGAGGACCCGAGUGGGAAGGAUUUUAUGAAGAUGUUGCUGAGAGAGAGUACUAUUCCUUAUCUGUGACCAGAAAGCUGAUGAUUCUACAAAUUCUAUGUGAUGAUGUAUUAGAUUAUGCAGAGGUGAGAGCUGAAAUUGACAUGCGAGAGGCAACAGAAGUAGGAGUAGAUCUUGAUACUGUUGUGACUGAUUCUCUUGAAAAAGGACCUAGAAAGUUCCAUCCUAUACAUUCUAAAACUUCAGCAUGCAAGGGAAAGGAGUCAAUGGAGAUUAAUGCAGAAAGUCAUGGGGUCAAGUCAUCUUCUAGGACAUGUUCUUUAGGUUUGAGAGGUACUGGGGGGACUGCUGCUGUUGAUACUGAUGUAGACGGAAAUAGUGAUGAGUGCCGUCUUUGUGGCAUGGAUGGGACAUUGCUUUGCUGUGAUGGGUGUCCAUCUGCCUAUCAUACAAGAUGUAUAGGUGUCGUCAAAAUGCAUAUACCUGAAGGGCCCUGGUAUUGUCCUGAAUGUGUUAUUGAUAAAAUGGGACCAGCAAUUGCAUUAAACACCUCGCUUAGAGGAGCAGAACUUUUUGGUGUUGAUUUGUAUGGUCAAGUCUUCUUGGGUACUUGUAACCACUUGCUAGUGCUGAAGGCUUCCCGUGAUACUGAAUCAUAUGUUAGAUACUACAAUCUGAAUGACAUUCCCAGAGUCCUCCAGGUGCUUUCUUCAUCCAUUGAACAUAAAACAUUAUACUUCGAUAUAUGCAAAGCAAUUAUACGCUAUUGGAAUGUCCCAGAAAAUAUUUUUUCCCCACUCGAAAUGGGCGGCAAUGUAGCAAACGUGAAGGAAGAUGCAAAAUUUUCUACUGGAUCACCUCUGCCUUUUGUAAAGGAAAGUCAUAAAGCUUUGGGUUCAGUUGAUGUUGAGAAUGCAAGCAGCUUCAGUGGAAGCAAUGUUGGAGUUUCAUGUCCGGAUGCUUCUAUGCUGGCAAUGAACCAAACUGACCUCACUUGCUCUCUUAGCAAUGGUUGGGCAAUGCGAGGGAAGGAUCAUCCUCCAAUGAAUAAGAAGCCGUCUGAGCAGAUUUAUAUUGAGUCUGCUAUGUCUGCUGCUUCAGUUAGCCAGCAAACUGCUUCUGAUGUAACCCACCAAAGCUUAGUUGACAGAUCGAAUAUCAUAGAUCAUGCGUCAUGUGCCUCGGGAAACAGUAGUAAUAGUUAUGGUGGAGCAGCAAAUAGUGUCCAUUUUCAAGCAAAUAUGUUUUGCCAGAACCAGAGCAAAGUGGGCAAUCAUGUGGGUUUUGGAAGGGAUGCAAGAAAUUCUGUAGUUGAUUAUCAAUAUAUGGGAAUUUCUUUUAAACCACAUGCUUAUGUAAAUCACUAUAACUAUGGGCAUUUUGCUGCUACUGCAGCUGCAAAGCUGGCUGUUCUUUCGUCAGAGGAAAGUCAGGUUUCUGAGGUAAACAGAUCAGGCAGUGCCAGGAAAGUUACAUCUGCUAGUAGCAUUUUGCUGCAAGUUAAAGCUUUCUCAUUAGCAGCCUCACGGUUUUUCUGGCCAAGUGCUGAGAAGAAGUUGUUGGAUAUCCCAAGGGAAAGGUGUGGCUGGUGUCAUUCUUGUAAGGUCCCAGGUUCAAGCAAGAGGGGAUGCAUGUUGAAUUCUGCUGUCUCCACUGCCACCAAAAGUGCCAAUAAGAUCCUUGGUGGCCUUCCUUCUUUAAAGAAUGGAGAGGGUAGUCUUCCUAGCAUUGUGACAUAUAUUUUAUACAUGGAGGAGACUUUACGUGGUCUUGUAGUUGGCUCCUUCUUAAACCCAGAUUAUAGGAAACAAUGGCGUAGAAAAGUAGAAGAAGCUUCAACCUGUAGAGCAAUCAAAGUCCUCUUGCUUGAUCUUGAGGAUAACAUUUCUCUUAAUGCUCUUUCUUUGGACUGGGUCAAGCUAAUGGAUGAUUGGUUAGUAGAUUCUUCUGUGAUUCAAAGCACUUCAUCCACUGUGGGAUUCCCUCUAAAGCGUGGGCCAGGUGGAAGGCGACGUAGGAAGCAGUCUGUUGCUUCUGAAGUUACAGCUGACGACUGUGAUGGUAAAAGUAUUGACUGGUGGCGUGGAGGGAAGUUGUCAACCCAUGUGUUCCAGAAAGCAAUUUUGCCUGCCUCAAUGGUUAGAAAAGCUGCACAACAAGGUGGUGUGAGAAAGAUUUCUGGUAUUAAUUAUGUUGAUGAUUUUGAGAUUCCUAAAAGAAGCAGACAAUUAAUUUGGAGAGCUGCAGUAGAAAGGAGUAAGAAUGCAGCGCAGCUUGCACUUCAGGUUAGAUACCUAGAUCUUCAUGUGAGAUGGAAUGAUCUUGUUCGUCCUGAGCAUAACAUCUCAGAUGGAAAAGGUUCAGAGACAGAAGCAUAUGUUUUUAGAAAUGCAAUUAUAUGUGAUAAGAAAACUGUAGAAAGCAAGAUCCAAUAUGGAGUUGCUUUUGGAAAUCAAAAGCACCUUCCUUCACGUGUCAUGAAGAAUGUAGUUGACAUUGAGAAAAUUGAUGAUGAAAAGGAGAAAUAUUGGUUUCAUGUAACAUACAUUCCUUUAUAUUUGAUCAAAGAAUAUGAAGAAAGAAUGAGUGUUUCUGCUUUUGCACCAGUUAAAAAGCCUUUAAGUGAGUUAUCCGAGUUACAAAGAAGGCAGUUGAAAGCUUCCCGUAGGAAUAUAUUUGCGUAUCUGAUAUCUAAAAGAGAUAAAUCAGAGAAGUGUUCUUGUGCUUCUUGUCAAAUGGAUGUUUUAUUGAGGAAUGCAGUCAAAUGUGGCACAUGCCAGGGUUAUUGUCAUCAGGGCUGUACUUUAAGCUCAACAGUUAUGAAUGGGAAAGUUGAGUGCUUGACCAUUUGUAAGGAGUGUUACAAUGCCAGAGUUCUUGCUCGAAAUGAAAUCAAUACUAAGUCUCCUACCACUCUAUUGCCCUUGCAAGGACAAGUCUGUUGCAGUGCACCAGCAGUCUCCAAAGGCAUGCCGGUUAAAAGUUCUACUCAACCCAUGAAACUGUCCUCUAUCAGAAGCAAGGAGAAUUCUGUCAAAAUUCAGGAAAGAAGUUCUGAUACAAAGCAAUCUGCUUCUCAUUCUCGAUUAGCAUCGAAGCGAAGUAAGUUGUGUAACUGGGGUGUCAUAUGGAGGAAAAGGAACAGUGAUGAAACUGGAAUCGACUUCAGGCGGGCAAACAUACUCACAAGGGGUGUUUCAGAUAACCACUUUUUGAAGCCUAAAUGCGAGCUGUGUAGACAACCCUUUAACUCUGAUCUGAUGUAUAUUCACUGUGAAACUUGCAGAAAGUGGUACCAUGCUGAUGCUGUUGAACUUGAGGAGUCAAGGAUUUCUGAUGUGGUUGGGUUUAAAUGUUGCAAGUGUCGGAGGAUAAGAGGACCUGAGUGUCCUUUCAUGGGCCCUGAACUUAGAGAGCAAAAGCGCAAGAAACGGUUUGGGAAGUUGCAGAAACAAGGACAAGGAAGUCUAGCAUUGGACUCUGAUCUUGGAACUAUUUCGGACAUUAAAGUGUGUAGUCCUGUCACUCCAAUAAUUUCUACAGAGGAUGAGCUUGUAUAUGUUAAUGAUCCUGAUGUUUUCUCCCUUUCCAAAGUUGAGCAAAUAACGGAGAACAUUCCAGAAGUGGAUAUUGAGUUGAAUACUGCUUCUGCCCCUGGGCCGCAGAAGUUACCAGUCAGAAGGCAUAUAAAGCGGGAAGGGGAGGUGGAUGGUUUUGCAGGGGGUGAUGUUGAACAUGUCGAAUUGUUGACAUAUCCUGAACCUAAUGAUUUUGCAGUGCCCAAGGGGGAUUCAGCUAUCCCGUUUGCAGAAUGGGAUGUUCCUGGGAAUGGGGGUCCUGAAGGUGAGCUGAUAUUUGAUUAUGAAAAUCUCAACUAUGAGGAUAUGGAGUUUGAACCACAGACGUAUUUCUCAUUUACGGAGCUGCUAGCAUCUGAUGAUGGAACUGAUGGAACGGCAAAGGAUGUUGAUAAUCAAGUGGAGGCUGAUGUGACUGCACUUCAUUGUCAUGUGUGUCUAUUGAAUGAUCCUGCACCUGAACUCUAUUGUGAUGUAUGUGGGUUUUUGAUGCACAGUCAUUGUUCUCCUUGGGAAGAGUCGUCAUCUUCAGAAAGCAACUGGAGGUGUGGCCGGUGCCGAGAAUGGCGGUAGUUAGCCUGAUGUUUUUUAAGUUUUGAGAUUUGUCCUCUGUAUUUUGUUGGUCUAAAUUUUUAGAAGAGGGGAGGCAAAGCUAGGCACAGCCUACAGGUGACCACCUGUAUUAUGGAGGUGAUGGAUGCAUUGGGAGGAAGAAUCCUUGUGCCCAUUGCUGUGCCAUCUUUUCUGAGGCGAAGGUUUUGCAGUUGCGUUUUGGUUGAGACUCUCCUCUGAUUUGAUCAGUCUGUGAUUUUUUUUAAAAAGGAAAAGAAAAAAAAGAGUUUACAAUGGUUUUGAGGAGGAAGCUACGAUGAUGGAACGAAUUUGGAUAUGAAUGGUAGGGAAGGUUUAGAUGUUUACGUAGAAGAAGAGCUUGAAAGAUGAGCAAAUGCCUUUUUUUUGGUGCUGCUUAUCAGAUUGGCAUUAUUUUUGUAUAAAUUAAAAAAGAAAACCCAAGUAAUUCCCUAAUCUUAAACAUGUUAACUACAAAUUAAACAGAGCUUAAUAGUUCUUUCUUUCUGUUUGUUCUUCUUCUAUUAUUAGUAUUUCUUCAAUGUUUGUACGGUAAUGGCGCCGUUGGAAUUUAGAAAUAAAUACAAUUCAGCAGUAUCAAA